AUGGAGCACGUCUGGCCGUCGUGUGUCGCCGACUGCGCUGCCAUCGUCGGCCUCCACCCGGACGAGCCCACCGAGGCCAUCGUGCAAGCGGCGCUCGCGCACGGCAGGCCGUUCGCCGUCGUGCCCUGCUGCGCCUUCGGUCGGCUCUUCCAGCCCCGCAAGAUGGCGUCGGGCGGAGGAGUGCGCAAGCAGUCCGCCUUUGUCGCCUACCUGCAGGAAAAGGACCCGCGCAUACGCCGCACCCGCCUGCCAUUCGCGGGCAAGUCCGAGGGCCACCCGUGGAGCGAGGAGGUGUGCCAGGCGGCUGCGUGGGGAGGCCACCUCGACGUGCUCGAGUGGGCCCUCGAGCAGGGCUGUCCGUGGGACUGGAGGGUUGUGGUCGAGGCGGCGGCUUUGGGCGAGCGCUCGUGCGUGCAGGAGUGGGCGAGGACUCGAGCGACGAUAGAUGCGCGCCUUGGCGAGUCCGAGUGCGCGUUGGCGAGUGACGGCUGA